AUGGCUCCUGUAUUGGCGCCCGAGAAGCACGGAGAACUUUCCGCCCGCGAAGCUUCUGGUACAGCUAGACAUGCGGAGGAUAGCCAACUCCGUCGGCGACACUCCCCUGACCAUUCAUACAAGCGGCACGACAGCAGGGCUGACGAUGGUCUCGCCACUCGCAAGAAGAGCAAGCACUCUCACAGAUCCCGCGAACGAUCUGAGGACGAGGAGGAGUUAUUGGACCUGGAGAAGCUAGGAGUGGAGCCCAUCACAGAGGAAGAUCAUUUUCUCCGAUCCUCUGAAUACCGCUACUGGCUGAAGAAAGAACGAGGGCGAUUUCUCGAUGAACUCACCAGCGAUGACGCGCACAAGUAUUUCAGGCGCUUCGUGAGGCGGUGGAACGAUGGAGCUCUGCAGGAGAGGUACUACUACCCUCCCCGAGAGACCGCCUCUACCAGACAUCAAUGGUCUUUCUCCUCGAAAGUCGCGUCCAAGUCGGGUCCUUCUUCUGCGUACCCUCAAGACGAGGAACAUCCUCGCAUACGGCGCCCUUCAUCUCCUCUGCCCGGACCUCCCGCGCCGAAUCUUGGCUCGGAUUCAGACGAGAUAGGCCCGUCGCUGCCCUCCACAAUCCCAUCUACCACUACCUCUCGACCCCGCACUACCGCCGACCGUCAGCUCGAGCGUGAAGACGCCCACCUCGCCCGACAAGCGGAACGCAAGGCCGACCGCCUGCAGAGAUAUCAGCGCGCGAACGAGGCAGUACCUCGUUCUAGCGGGAAGGAGGGCAAGAUGGAGGAGAAACGUGCUACGAAUGCGUCGAACAAGGAGAUGAGGGAUAAGGACUCUACUGGCGCGGGGCUCGAGGUGGAUGAGGGGACCUUGAUGGGAGAUCAAGGAGGAUUUGCGGCUGCACUUCGAGCAAGGGACGGCGCGAAGAAUCGGAAGGAAGAGGAGCGAGCGGCGAUGCUGGAAGACAGACGAGCGGCGGAGCAAGAUAGAUUGGCUGAGCGGCGGCAGAAGGAGACUGAUACGAUGGCUAUGUUUAGGGCAAUGGCCAAGGAGCGAUUUGGUUGA